AUCUAUUUACCAAUUAAUGAGUGUAAAUCGUGUCGUUAAAAAAAACUUAUUUUUGUGUCAUCGCGGGCAAGAAUAACGUAUAAAUAUAGAAAAAAAUAUAGAGAAUUAAAUGCGCUUGUACUUUCAUGUGUGCAAAGCAUGUAAAGACCUAUGAACUGCAAGUGAAAAUAUAUUGGCAAUCUAAUAUGUAACAUAUGUACACAUGUACAUACAUACAUAUACAUAUAUGUAUGUCAUUUUGUCCUUUUUUAUUUAUGUAGCUUCGGAAAAAUAGAUAUUGACAGAACAUUUUGAUGUGCAGUAUUAAGCAAAAGAUAUUGACUUUUUCUUGCCAACAAAUUGAGCAAGGACAAGCUAAAUGUGGUGCAAACGUCAGAAGAAUCUAUAAUUGAUUUAAAAACAACAAAAGUCCUUGAAAAAAAACCAUCUCAACCCAUUGUGGUUAUAGGUGUCCAAUAAGUUUUAUCGGUCUCUCAUGAAAACGAACUUUAAAGAAUCAAAAACAAAAUACAAUCGGGAUUAACAAAAAAUGGCUUUGGUUAUAAGGGAUCAGAAAAUUACAAACCGAAGAACUUAGCUAUUAUGAAAUACGAUACUGCGCAGUCCGAAGAAUAAUAACUAAAAGCGAACUUUACAACAACUAGUGUCAAAUGCUACAUAUAUUCUAGAAAAACGAAAGUAAAUUGGAGAAUUAUAGGUAAUUUUGGUACAGCAAAUUAAAUUGGAUGCCAUGUCGUCUACUUCAUCGAUUGAGACACCAACAACUCCUACUACUCCAACACAGCAGCAUCAGCAUGAACAAACUACUACGGCUAUUGUAGCUAGUCAACAACAGAAGCGAAAAUCGCAAAAUGCCAAAGGUUCUUCUUCAAAUACACAUUCGUCAGCGACGUCACCAUUAGUAACUGAAAAUAGUUUUGUCAUUGCUCAAGCCCAAGCGCUUUUGCCGUCCUCAUCGUCAUCUACCAACUGCACAGACACUAUUGCAGCCGUACAUCAGCAGAAAAGGUCCUAUUCGUUGGUAAAGAAGCAACCAUCUUUACGAUAUCAGGGGAAACAGAUUCAACUCCUGUCCAAUUCCCAAUCCACAAUGACAUCUUCAGAGCCGACGGCGCCAUCGCUAGCUAAUGACGCAUCCGCGUCCAUCCUUAGUCCACCAGAUGUUUCAUCACACUGCUGCACCAAUAUAAAGGCUAAUAUAACUCCAUUAACAUCACAGAAGAUGCACAGAACUAUUCCAUCUGAUAAAAUUAACCUACGCCUAAUUCUCGUUAGUGGUAAAACAAAAGAAUUUAUAUUUAACCCAUCAGAUUCCGCAGGUGAUAUUGCACAAACAGUAUUCGAUAAUUGGCCCGAAGAUUGGACCCGAGAAGCUGUAUCGAAAGCCGAUAUAUUGCGUUUGAUUUAUCAAGGACGAUUUCUUCAUUGCAAUGUAACCUUAGGAGCACUGGGACUUCCAUUAGGCAAAACGACUGUUAUGCAUUUAGUGCCACGUGAUAAUUUGCCAGAACCCAAUUCACAAGAUCAAAGACAAAACAGUAAAGGCGGUUCCGGACGAUGCUGUUCAACAAAUUGCUGUAUUUUGUAACUAAAUUACUAUUAUCUGCUAGCGUAAUAUUUAAAUAAAUUAAAAAUAAAACUAACUAAAGUUAAAUUUUUUGUGCAGUUAAAUGUAUAUUUGAACUAUGAACAUGAAUGUCUCGAUGAACACAAGGCUUCUCGCUUUACCUAAUUAUGUAUAUACAAUAUGUAUUUUAAAUAUGUACACAGACAGGAAUUUAAAGGCGUCAUCGAAAUGCGUAUACUCUAUGUUGUAUUAAAGUUGCUAGACUGCAAAAUUAUAACUUGUAAUAUACAAAAUAUAACUUACGAAUAAAACGCUACAUAUUUUUAGAAAUCAGACUUGAGAAGCUAAUUAGAAAAAAAUGUAUUCACGAAUGUAAAACAAAAAAUAAAGAAAAUAGAAAGAAAAAGGAAAACUAAUUAACCGCACAAAAGAGAUACUUUUACCGUUUGCUUUGCUGAUUUUCAAGCGUACGUUUAACAGAAUAAUAAAUUCCGGUAAUACUUAUUAUGUACACCAGCCAGAUCGAUUUUUGUUCACACAAUUUAGAUAUUCAAGACAUUUUUUUUUGUACAUACACACAUAUUUAAUUAGACCCUAAGUGUUUUCUUCUGUUAAGUUUUAAAAUAUUCUCUGUAAAGUCUAACUUAAAGCCAAUACUAAAUAAAUAAUCCCAUAUACCCUCAAA